UGCUGCAAAAUUUCGUUAAGGAAACCUUAAAACCGAUGACUCAUUCGGAAAUUUCCUAUGAAAAUCAAAAAAGUUCGUCAUCGACGCAUAUUUCGAGUUCAACAAGUGCUAAUUUUGCCUCGAAAGAAAGUUCCUCGUCGACUUCGACGUUACGUGAUGGCGAAAGUAUGAAACGAAAGUUGCAACAGCUCCAAACGAUUGAAAAAGAAAUAGAUCGUUUAGCCCAAAUCAAGGAAAAAGUCCAAUUGGAAAUGCGAAAAACGAAAAAUACGGAGAAAAUUUAUGAAAAUAUUAAUUUUAAGGAAAAAGGAAGGUCGAGAUUAGGCACGCCAACGUCUUUGGACAACAAUUUGGUGCAAAGGAAGGAGAAUUUUAUGGAGCAAUAUGUGAAUCAGCAUGGAAAAUUGUAUGAUUCAGUGGAUUCCGUGAGUAAAAAUUACACAAAACCUUACGGAACGACGGGAAAAAGUGCUUCGGACAAUGAAAGAUUGCGAAAACUUUCGUCAAGGGCGUCUUCUGGUGCUUCAGGGACUUCCAAUAGACCAUAUGUUGAGCCAAAAAAACAUACGGAAACCCAAACCACGGAUUCGCUGCGACGAAUUUCGCCAUAUUUUGAGAAUAAAAGCCCUGAAGACGCGCAAAAACCUCAAAUUAUCAACAAAACUCAAAUUAACAAGCAAAUUCAGACGAAUUGUCAACAAGCUCAAGCUUAUUCAAUCGUAUUUGACAAAGAUUUUGUACCAAAAGAAAAUGACGAACGCUUGCCAGGUCAAACACUUAAAGAAUAUUUGGGAGAAAAGAGACCGAAAAUUCUGCAAGCGAUGGAUGAACGUAACGAAUGUAUAAAAGAACUGCGAAGACUGAGGCAGUUAAGGAACGAACAACGACAAAAACUGUUGCUGCUCACGUCAGAAACUUGUUUGAAGGAAAAGUUACGGAAAUUGCCGCCUCCUCCGUUAGCUCAAAAGAGAUUAUUCAGUACAAGAGCCUUGAAACUCCAUUCGCUGAAACAAUACCAAAAUUUACCGGAAGUGCUGAAAAAGAAAGAAGUUGAAAAGUUGAAUAAUUUGAAGAGGAAACAUCGGGUUUUGUUGGAUAUGUUUAAUAAGAAUUUACAGCAAAAAGUUUUACAAGGAAAAACUGAUUUGUCGUAUAAUUUUAAUUUAUUCACGAAUACUAAAUGAAGUUUGUCUGUUUGUUUGUUAUAUUUCAUGUUUUUUUUUAAAUAUUAUAUGAAUAUUGAAUUUUUGUACUGUU